AGUUUAAUUACUCGAUUGAUUGUGUGAGCGAUAUAGUGUUACCACGCGUUAUGCCUAAAAAUUCGGCAAUAGCAAAGAAAGGCGUUCAGAAUAAGAAAGCGAAGAAGCGACAGUUGGAAGCUAAAUCAAAAGAAAAGCAUACUGAAGGUCCAAAGAAAGUAAAGCAGCCAAAGCUGUCAAGAGAAAUUAUAGAGAAACAUGAGACCGAUAGUGAAGAAUCUGAUAUCGAACAAAGUCAGGAUGAGGUUGACAUAGAUUCUGGUGACUCUUCAAAAGACCAAGAAAAUGGUGAUGUCAAACUUCCUGGUAGCAGCGUAGCAUUUUCGAUUCUUACUGACAAAUCAUUUGUAAACUUAAAGGAUGUUGUUUGUGAGGAAACAUUAAAAGCUAUAAAGGACAUGGGAUUCGAAAAUAUGACAGAAAUUCAAGCUAAAACUAUUCCACCUCUAUUAGAGGGACAUGACUUGAUGGGUGCCGCUAAAACGGGAAGUGGCAAAACGUUGGCAUUCUUAAUUCCAGCCGUAGAGCUAUUGCAUAAACUAAAAUUUAUGCCCAGAAACGGCACUGGCGUUAUCAUUAUAUCGCCAACUAGAGAAUUAGCUAUGCAAAUUUUUGGAGUUGUGAAGGAAUUGAUGAAUCACCAUCCUCAUACGUACGGUUUGAUAAUGGGUGGAACCAACAGACAAGAGGAAGCGAAAAAGAUUGCUAAAGGCGUAAAUCUUAUAGUCGCCACCCCAGGAAGACUUCUGGAUCAUUUACAAAAUACUAAUCAUUUUAUGUAUAAAAAUUUGCAAUGUUUGAUUAUCGAUGAGGCUGAUCGUAUUUUGGAUAUUGGUUUUGAAGAAGAAAUGAAACAAAUUGUUAAGUUAUUACCCAAAAAAAGACAAACGAUGCUGUUUUCUGCUACACAAACGCGUAAAACUGAGGAUUUAGCAAGAAUUUCUCUAAAGAAAGAACCAUUAUAUAUUGGCGUUGACGACAGUAAAGAAACGGCUACAGUUGAUGGUUUGGAACAGGGCUACGUUAUAUGUCCUACUGAUAAGCGAUUUCUAUUGCUCUUUACUUUCCUUAAGAAGAAUAAGAAAAAGAAAAUUAUGGUAUUUUUAAGUUCUUGUAUGAGUGUUAAAUUCUACAAUGAACUAUUGAACUAUAUUGAUUUACCAGUUACUUGCAUUCACGGAAAACAAAAGCAGACCAAGAGAACUCAUACUUUUUUCGAAUUUUGCAACGCAAAGGAAGCAAUUCUCCUCUGUACAGAUGUUGCAGCCAGAGGAUUGGAUAUCCCUAUGGUUGAUUGGAUAAUUCAAUUUGACCCACCAGAUGAUCCUUCAGAAUACAUUCAUCGAGUAGGCAGAACUGCCAGAGGUGAAGGUGGCAAAGGUCAUGCUCUUUUAAUUCUCCAACCAGAAGAAGUUGGCUUUCUUCGUUACUUGAAGAAAGCUAAAGUUCCUGUUAGUGAAUUUGAGUUUUCUUGGGCUAAAGUGUCUAACAUUCAACCACAACUAGAAAAACUUAUAGAAAAAAAUUAUUUUCUACACAAAAGCGCACAAGAAGCCUAUAAGAGCUAUGUUAGAGCAUAUGCUUCACACAGUUUGAAAAAUAUAUUUGACAUAAAUGAGCUGGAUCUACAGUUGGUAGCUAAGAGUUUUGGAUUUAGUGUUCCUCCCUACGUUGAUUUAAAUGUACAUGCAAGUAAAUCUGCCGGAAGGGUUCGUAAGCGUGGAGGUGGUGGUGGAUUUGGAUAUAAAAAAGAUAAGGAACAAAAAAAAGCAAAGAUUUAUAAAGCUGUUUCGGGUAAAAGAAACGUAGGUCGAAAACAAUUUUCCCGUUAA